CACCCCCUUUAUAGGUACAGUGUACUUUUACAGUCACUGAAAGCUUACAGUCAUUCUUUUGCUGAGGCUGAGGGGAAAAAAGAAGGAGGGCAUUACACAAACCCCUCAGUGUAGAAGGCGCUCAGUAUCUUCCAUCAUGGCUAGAUCUGCACUCCUGAUUCUGGCAGCCCUUGUUGGAUCCUGCACUCAGUUUACAGACGCUGUCAACGUUGACAUACAAAAACAUGAACAAUCAGCGAAGUCAGAAAGCUACAUGCCAAUACUCUGCUCACCGAUACCUGCCCCCUUGUCUUCAUCCUCUUCAGUUCAUACUCUCAGACCUGAUGAUAUCUCAGCUGUUUAUGUCUUGGGAAUCCCACCCUCAGACAGGGAUGAAGCAUCCAGAGUGGUCAGUAGAGUAACUGAGUUCCUGUCCAUGUUCAACCCCGAAGUGAUCUCUCAACAUGUGGCUCAGACCUCAUUACAGCCAAGAAGCUUGCUGGAGCAAGCUGAGGAACUGUCUAUCUCCCUUUUACAUCAGGUGACAGACUGGAAGUUUGUGCUGCUGUUUGUCCCGGCAGACUCCAUGUGUGCCUGUUCACCAGAUGUUGCUGCAGAUGUUAAAGCUGUUGUGCAGGAAGUGGAAGCAGCUCUGCAGCUGUUGCAGAAAAGGUUGCAUCGUACUUUAGUUCAUGUUGUGGUCUGGGGCACGCAUCAUCAGCAGGACAACAGGUGUGAGUGUAUGAGAGAUGAAAGCAUCAAUCACCGUCUACAUAAAGCAACCCUUCUGAAAACACUCCAGGACUUUCUAAGUCAUGUCUUGGAAAAUGGAAAGUGGCACAACAAAAGGGAAGAUUUCGCUGCCGUGCUGCAGUCUGCCCCAGUUAUUCUUGAACAAAUCUCAGGCUCUGAAGACACAAGGUCUGACCCAAACCAAUUAGCUGUUCAGAUAUGGACAAACCUGCUUCAGCCAUUGACAGGUCAGGAAGAGGUCAUGGACAGCAGCAUCAUCACUAUUCCUUGCCCUACCCAGGAACGACCUUUCCUACGGACACAGAAAAAUUCUCCCACUAAAAGAGAUGGGCAAGCCUCUACACUUACAGAUCCCGUUAUGGGUACUGAGUUACCUUGCACGGACCGCAGUCCAUCUCCCACUACACCCACUUCAGUCCAUGAACUCAAACCUGGAGAUAUCAAGGUGGUGGCAGCAGUAGGCGACUCUCUGACAGCAGCCAAUGGUGUGGGCGCACAGGCAAACAACCUUCUGUUAGUGAUUAAUGAGUACAGAGGACUCUCAUGGAGCAUUGGCGGUGAUGAAAACAUUACCACUGUGACCACUCUGCCAAACAUCCUGAGGGAAUUUAACCCAUCCCUGACCGGCUUCUCAGAGGGAAUAGGUAACGAGGACAAUCCUAAAGCCUUCCUGAAUCAGGCUGUGGCAGGAGCAAAGAGUGGUGAUAUGGUGCAACAGGUGCGCGUCCUAGUGGACAAAAUAAAAACUGAUCCGCGCAUUGAUUUCCACAAUGACUGGAAAGUGAUCACCAUGUUUAUUGGUGGCAAUGACAUAUGUGACUUCUGCACAGACAGUAUCUUUUUCUCACCUAGCAAUGUGGUUGGUCGUAUCCGCCAAGCUCUGGACAUCCUCCAUAGUGAAGUGCCUCGUGCCAUUGUCAAUCUGGUAGAGCUGUUAAACAUUGUACCAUUGCGUGAUCUGCACAGUGAUAAAACUCUUGGCUGUCCCACCUGGUUUGUCAGUCUAGUUUGCCCCUGCAUACUGAAGCCUAAAGAGGGGUCCAAUGAACUCCAGAGGGUCAAUUACUUCAAUAGAGCCUAUCAGCAUGCUAUGAGAGAGCUGAUUGACUCUGGGCGGUAUGACACACACGACAACUUCACUGUGGUACUGCAGCCCUUCUUCAGGGAGAUUUUCCUUCCCAUGUUAGAGGAUGGCCGUCCUGAUCGCUCAUACUUUUCACCCGACUGUUUUCAUCUCAGCCAGAAAGCUCACACCCUCAUGGCUCGUGCUCUUUGGAACAACAUGUUAGAGCCAGUGGGGAACAAGACGUUUACACAAGACUUCUCAGCUGGCAUUGAUCUCAAGUGUCCCACUGAGAGCAACCCAUUUUUUAGGACUGCUGUCAACAGCAACUACACCUUUCCAGGCCCUCCCCCCACUCUUCCUCCUCCUACAAAUUGGGGAAGUGACUUUUCCUGUGUUAACACAGCUCCAUCUAACUCUGUGCCCACAUCAGCUCACAGGUUACGACCAGCAGACAUCAAAGUAGUGGCUGCUCUGGGAGACUCUAUAACGGCUGGCUUUGGUGCGAAGGCAAAGAACCUGCUGCAGCUAAGAACUGAGUACAGAGGGGUAUCAUGGAGCAUCGGAGGAGACAAAACUCUUGAGACUGUCACAACAUUACCUAAUAUCCUCAAGAAGUUCAAUCCUGAAAUCAAAGGAGUGUCAAAGGGACAAGGGAAAAGGCAGACUGGCUUCAAUGUGGCUGUAUCAGGAGCUAAAAUAUCAGGAAUCCCAGGACAAGUCAGACGCCUGAUUGAUGCCAUGAAAAAUGAUUCUACGGUGGAUUUUGAGAAUGACUGGAAGCUGGUGACCCUCUUCAUUGGAGGCAAUGACCUGUGUCAGUACUGCAAUGACCGUGCCACUUUGUCACCUCAGAACUACAGCCAUCAUAUGAUGACAAGCUUGGACAUGCUUUACAAAGAGGUUCCCAGGACAAUUGUCAACGUCUUGGACAUUCUGGAAAUUGAAGGCCUUCGCAGGAUCAAAAGGGAUAGUCUUGGGUGCAGUGUGUUACAAAAGUAUGUCUGCCCGUGCUUCUUGUUAGCAGGAGAGGAUUCCCUAGAGCUGUCUGAAGUCAAACGGAUCAAUCGGGAACUUCAGCUUGAGACAGAAAGAUUGGUGUAUGGAGGCCGCUAUGAUGACAGAGAGGACUUUGCUGUGGUUGUGCAGCCCUUUUUUAAGAACACUGUUGUUCCUUUGAAUACAGACAGCAGACCUGACACCACCUACUUCUCUGAGGACUGUUUCCACUUCAGUGAACGGGGACAUGCUGACAUGGCGGCAGCUCUUUGGAAUAACAUGUUGGAGCCAGUGGGUAAAAAGCAGACAUACAACAAUUUCACAAAUGCCAGAAAUAACAUCAAGUGCCCAACUGAGGAGCAUCCUUACAUCUUCACAAAGGUGAACAGCCUACCCAGUUCGACCACCACCACAGCACCCACAACACACAGCACAGCUCUGCCUCUCACCUCUAAUUGUGCCGAUAAUGUUCCAGUAUGGCUCGCUGCUGUGCUGGCCGUAACGGGGCUUCUGAUUGGCUGGGGUGUCACCUGGCUCCUCCUCUCCUGCAGAGCCAAGAGAAGCAAGAGGCUGAUGAUGUCUACGGUGGAGAUGAAGGGCACUGUGUUUUAAAGUCCUUCUUACUGUAUUUUUGCAAUGGACAAUUCAAGAAAAAUUUCAUAACCAAGAACUACAAAGCAACUUUGUAAUAUUUAAAGUGAUUGUAGAAACAAUAUUGUUUGUGGUGAUAAAAAGGACAUUUUUCGUAUAAGAUUUUAUAAGAUUAUUGUCCUUGAAUCACAGAAAAUAUUACUGGAUGCAGAGGUGCAAAAGAUACAUCAGUCUACACCAGGAAAGCAAUAAGUAAGAGUAAGACAAUUAUAAUAAGUAAGACAACUGAAUGACACUCCUUUAUAAGUCCUGCAUUCAAACCUUACUGAAGUGAACCUGUAGGCAUAUUUAAAUGUUGUAGCUGGUCUAUCAACUCAUAUAAUGAGACAAACCAACCACUACAAUUCAAACGUGGUAAAGUAAAGACUGAAUUUACUGACUGCACAUUAACUUAUUACUGCUAUAAUAUGUUCAAUUAGAAUAAAAUUAUCAAAGUUCAGUAGUUUGGUAGAGGAGUAAAAUACACAACGCUUGCCUUAAACUCAAUUUAAGUACUUGAAUUAAAGGUACUCUGUCUGGAUGUAACAACAGUACACUCUUGGUAGAUGUAAAUAUGAAUCUAAGUAAUGUUGUGGCCAUUUUGUGCAAUGUUAAAUGCUUGGAAAGACAAUGUAAUAAGGGAUUAUUUCUGUUUUCUUUUGUAACUGUUUAAAAAUAAUAUUAAUACCCUGUAACAAU